UCAGCCGGAGACAAUCUAAAUGGGUACCUCGAUGAGGGAAAAAUUAAAAUCAACGCCUUUCUGGUGGCUCCACUGGUGCAAAAAUGAAAUCAGCUUGUGAGCACAAUUGACACAAAACUCUGUGAUCUCUUUGACAUUGGUGAACGAUAUUUUUACUUAAUAGGUGAACUGUUGCUCUCUGCUCGCAGCGAUAAAGGGAUCAAUAAGAUCAUCAGUGGCGUCACUACUUUUAAUAGAAAAGACCACGAACUCCUCUAAGGAAAGUGUCAAUAGCGGAUGAAAUCAUCUUCCAACGGAGACUCGACGCGCAAAAUUUGUUAAAAAUUUCACGUUGAUUGCAAAUAUACUGGAAAAUAAGGGGAACAAGAUAGCGAUCAUGCUGUCCGUGUGGGUGGCGGUGUUGUCCGCCUUCGUCGCGGCGAGUAUUGGAAGCAUUGCACCAGGGAAGCGAUCUGAUUUUUCCAUGUCUGACAACCAGUUUUAUCGCGUCGGAGACACGAAACUGGAUGAUGAGGUCACAGACUGUGCUCUUGUAGAACAUCAAUUUAAGAAAGGAUAUAUCAGACUGCGAGAAUAUCUGGAGCGACGAAGGGGAUGUGGGAGGCAAGGAAAACUGAAAAACAUCGAAGGAAUUGAAAAGUCAACAGUGGAUGACGUUAACAACGAUAACAUCGCCGAGAUUGCCAAAUCUACCACUGAAGACUUUCAUUACUCUGUGCCGUCGCCAUUGCCAGUCGCUAAGAAGGUCCAUAAGCCUAAAACUAUUCCUCAAGUGAUCAACACCUAUCAACCUCAUAAGAUGGCUUAUGUGCCCCGCAGGUAUCCUGUGGCAGCGGUGACAGCAACAGGAAAAACAAUAGCACUGCACACGCCCGCCCGCCCCGCAUUCCAAUCUACAGUACAAAGGAACAAGCCAGCAAGACCAAACUUAAGCGACUAUCAAAGCAAAUCUCAGAAUUUAGGACUUUCUUUUAAGAGUAACCCUUCUGUCGCAGGUUUUCCAGGCUCUGUAGAGAAUCAAAACACACAGUCUAUAUUCACUAACGCACUCGGGGAUCAAUACACACGUCUGGCUUCCAACUAUAAUCACCCCGACCAACCAAAACCCAACCACGAUCUACUUCAAACAUUUUAUCCAGGCACACUUCAAGAACGUUCACACACUGGAGAAACUGUUGCUGUGGGUCAACCGCUUUUUGUCCAAAAGGCCCACGUGCAAGCCACUUCUAGUCUUCAAAACAAAAUGUCAAGCUUGCUAAAAAAUGCAAUGAAUAACUUCAAUAAGCCCUCAUUAGGCACACCUGCCAGUGCCAAUACAUUUAAAGGACCCAGUAUCAACUUGAAACCAAAGGUUUUGAAUAAACCUGCGACAAAAAUUAAUGUUCAGAGCAACCCGGACGAAAAUAUCGACGAAAAUCUUGCAGCCAUGCGCGAUCCCGAAAAAGACGACAGCAAUGGUUCUAUCGAUGACAAACCUACUCCGGAACCUGGAAUUGACGAUAAACCAGCUAACCAAGCCGCUAUCAGUCCUUCUACUAAUCUCAGUGAAUUGUCUUUAUCACAGAGACCUGGAGAAAAUCUAAGACCCAUGAAACCAGUUUCAGACACGUCAAACGGGCUCGGAAAGGCGGUUAUGAAAGGAACUCCUACAUUUGUAAACAAACUGCAAAAUGCUGCAGCUCAACCCAACACUGCUGCAGAAAAGCUUCAACAGCCGUCAAUCAACUUUGAUUUCCUCAAAAACAAAAUUAUGCAUACAACCAAUGCAACUUUCCUACGGCGCAUGCUCGCACUCAUUCAAAAGAUCACUCAUCACAAAGACUUUUCGAAACUGCAAGCUCCUGCUAGGAGUCUGGUAGCCCAGGCGAACACCGCUGUCCAGGCACUCACUAGCGCGUAUAAAGAGAGAGUGUCGUCAUCGCCGCUGGCUGGGGGGAAUGGUGACCAGCUUUAUCCACUGAGUAAGAAGUCCGCUGUCCAGAGAUUUAGUCAGGCGUACAACGGGAGAAUCUCAGCUUCACCGCUAAAUCUUGGUUUUGUAAACCAGAUUUAUAGGAAUACCUAUCCAGUGACCAAAAAGGCGACUCUCCCAGUGAUGAAUCAAGCAUAUAACCCAAGGAUCGCAGCCUUAAGACCUGCUAACCGAUUUUAUGGCAACAACUUUUCGGCCCUGACCAAGAAAUUCCAAAUAGCAAGGAAUCCCUAUUACCAGAACUAUUACCAAUACGGAAAACCGUACUACAGCAAUUUGCAGAGUAUGCAAUACGGGUUAUACAACGGCAAUGUGCCUUGAGUGUAACUCAGUGCUCAAAAUGACCUCGAGUUAAAAAGAAAAUAAGACCUGUUACAGGUUUUAGCGGUGUCAAGUGAACAGUGCAAAAGAAAUCCGGCCUAGAAAAACAGGCUUUGGGACUCAGACCAUUCCUUAAUGAAGCUUUCUAGUGCCCAUUAAUAUUCUUUGAAUGGGGGGCAUUAUCUUCUCCUACUCCUACUAUAAUUUUAGAUAUAAUUCUCCAUGAACUUGUAUAAAAUUAAUCUCUGCUCUCUUUCGUUCUUUAAUUUUUUGAUGACCCUACAGCUCUCCAGCACUUUUGCAGCUCACGUGAAAUAACUAUUUUGUGGUUUUGUGGUUUGCCAAAAGUACUUAUCAUGUGAUAUUAGGUCAAGGAAAAAUAUAUAGCUUAUCACGGUAAUGUUGAGAAAUCAAGUCGAUAAUCACAGGAAUAACCCGCUGUAGUAAUUUUUUGUAUACGCAUGUUAAAGUUAAACUGAUUUUAGAUUUUAGGCAGUCAGUUAGCACACAACCAAGCAACAGAAACCUUUCUCACGACGACUACAUCAAUGAAACGCUAUUUGUCUUUUCAAAGGCUUUGUAUGAAAAUAAAAUUUGAUGUUCAUAUCAUCA